GGAAGCGGCCUUGAGGGGCCGCUGUAGUUAGGCAAUCAUUGCGGGGCUGCGCUCAGCUUAAAGCCUUGGCCGACCGUGGGCCGAGGGUCGGCUGGGGCUGCUGUGGCCCGGGCGAGCAGGGAGCGCGGAGCGGCUUCUGGGGCAGUGCGGGCGAGCCCUGGCAGUGUGCUUGUCUGGUGCUGACGUCGCCCCGCCUCUAGGAUAGGACCCGCCCCCGCCCUCCGGGCUUGGGACUUGGCGGGUACUUCUGCUGGGCUGCCCCGCCGCCCAGCAUCCGGUCGGACAGCUGGGUGGAGAGAGUGAGCGGCCGCGGGCACAACUCUCCCCGUCGUUUGCAGCCUCCGCCAGCGUCUUCGCCACCCUCUUCCGGGCUGUCCCAACGCUGACGUGGAGCAACCUGUUCUGAACCCUCAUGGAGAAGUUUGGGAUGAAUUUCGGCGGCGGCCCGAGCAAGAAGGACCUCCUGGAGACCAUUGAGACGCAGAAGAAGCAACUCCUCCAGUACCAGGCACGUCUCAAGGAUGUGGUCCGUGCCUAUAAAAGCCUAAUGAAAGAGAAAGAGGCGCUAGAGGCCAGCAUUAAGGUGCUGUCGGUGUCUCAUGAGGCGGAUGUGGGCCUUGCAGGCGUCCAGCCUCCAGGCCUCACCUUUCCUGACUCUGUGGAUGACCGAUGCUCCACUCACAGCGAGGAUAGCACUGGGACCGCCACCAGCUUGGACACUGCGGCCAGUCUCACCAGCACCAAGGGUGAGUUUGGGGUAGAAGAUGACAGACAGGCCCGUGGACCACCACCUCCAAAGUCCGAAGAGGCCAGCGGGUCGGAGAGUGGCGUCAGCAGUAGCAGUGGGGAUGGACCAUCCGGGAGUGGGGAGGUGGACAAACGACUGCACCAGCUGAAGACUCAGUUGGCUACUCUGACCAGCUCAUUGGCUACAGUCACCCAGGAGAAGUCCCGCAUGGAAGCUUCUUACCUGGCUGACAAGAAGAAGAUGAAACAGGACUUAGAGGAUGCCAGUAAGAAGGCAGAGGAGGAGAGGGGCCGUCUGGAGGGAGAAGUGAAGGGGCUGCAGGAGCAGAUAGCAGAAACCAAAGCACGACUUAUCACGCAACAGCAUGACCGGGCCCAAGAGCAGAGUAACCAUGCCUUGAUGCUGCGUGAGCUCCAGAAACUGCUGCAGGAGGAGAGGACCCAGCGCCAGGACUUGGAGCUUCGGUUGGAAGAGACUCGAGAAGCCCUGGCUGGGCGGGCAUAUGCAGCUGGUCAGAUGGAAGGGUUUGAGCUGCAGACCAAGCAGCUGACCCAUGAAGUGGAGGAGCUGAAAGGUGAGCUGCAGGCUCUUCGAGAUGAGAAGAAUCGGCCAGACCCCCGGCUGCAGGAACUUCAGGAAGAGGCUGCCUGCCUUAAGAGUCAUUUCCAGGCCCAGUUGCAGCAGGAAAUGAGGAAGACAGCCCUUGCAGAGGAUCUACUCCGCCAGCAAUCUCAGGUGGAAGAGCAGAGGGUGGCAGCCCUGGAGAAUCAAAUAUCCGAGGUGUCGGAACUGCUGGGCACCUAUGAGAAAGCCAAGCAGAAGGACCAGCUGGCCAUCCAGAAGCUGAAGGAGCGCAUUCUGCAGCUGGACCUGGAGAACAAGACGCUGGCUCUAGCAGCCUCCAGCCGGUCCCCUUUGGACAGCCAUGGAGAGGAGUCCAGUCUAGAUGUCAAUGUCCUAAAAGACAAGAUGGAGAAGCUGAAGAGGCUGCUGCAGGUUGCUGCCAGGAAGAGCCAGGUGACCUUGGAUGUGGAGAAGCUCUGUGACCUGGAGAUAAUGCCCAGCUCAGAGGCUGCCGAUGGGGAGAAGGCCACUGCGCUCUACUACCAACAGGAGCUGAAACAGCUGAAGGAAGAGUUUGAGAGGUACAAGGUGAGGGCCCAGGUCGUCCUCAAGAGCAAGAACACCAAAGAUGGUAACCUGGCCAAGGAGCUGGAGGAAUCCCAGGAACAGCUCGCAGAGCUGAAGGAGAAGUAUAUCUCCCUGCGGCUGUCCUGUGAGGAGCUCGAGCGCCAGCAUCAGCAGGAGGCCGAGGACUGGAAGCAGGAGCUGGCCCGGCUGCAGCAUCUCCACCGUCAGGAGCUGGAGCGGAGCCAGCUGGACUUCAGGGACCGCACGCUGAAACUGGAGGAGGAGCUGCACAAGCAGCGGGACCGUGCCCUGGCUGUGCUGGCCGAGAAGGACUUGGAGCUGGAGCAACUGCGUUCUGUGGCCUUGUCCUCUGGGCUGCCAGGACACAGAAGCCCUGUGGGGGGUGGGGGUCCUGGGGACCCAGCUGAUACAUCUUCCUCAGAUAGCUUGACCCAAGCACUGCAACUAGCUGCGGCCAGCGAGCCCACUUUCUUCCUGUAUGCUGAGCAGUUGGCCCGCAAGGAGGUGGAGAUUACAUCACUGAGGAAGCAGAAGCACAGGCUGGAGGUAGAGGCGCAUCAGCUGCAGGAUCGGCUGCUGGAGGAGGGGGAGCGGCAUCGCGAGGAGGUUGGCGCCCUGCAGAGCCACAUUGAAAAGAACAUCAGGGACCAGAGCAGAGAGGGAGCCAACCUGGAGUACCUCAAAAACAUCAUCUACCGCUUCCUGACCUUGCCUGACGCUCUGGGCCGCCAGCAGACGCUCACAGCCAUCCUGACUAUCUUGCAUUUCAGUCCAGAGGAGAAACAAGUGAUAAUGCGGCUUCCAACCAGUGGUAGCUGGUGGUCUUCUGGCAAGAGAUGAUGCCAUUUUCACUAACUCCUGAAAUUUCUGUGCCUCUUAUGUGAGAAGGGACAGCCUCUGGUGUCUACUGCCUCUUCUCUUACAUUAUCAUUUAUUUCUUCACUGUGUUGAUCUGGAAGGAGUUUUCAAUGUGGGAUGGGAUUUUCUGCCAAAUGCCAUUAAUGCCACUUUGUCCUGGGGUCCCUAGAGAUACCAGAAGUGUUGGGACAGCUUCUUCUGGUGGGGUGUGUGUGUGCGCGUGUGUGCGUGUGAGGGAAGGGGUGGGGGAGGUUAGGAUUGAGAGGUGCAAAAGUUGGGGAAGUGGUGAGAAUCUUUUAAAAUAAGAUAUUUUGUUUUAAUAUUAUACUCCUAGCAUAGAGCUAGGAGUAAAUGUGACUCCAAAGGGAGUUCACUUAAUUUCUGAACACACACAGGACCAGCUGUUUACUCCAUCUCAUCACAAUCUGAGUCUGGUCCCCUGCUGCCCCAAUUCUCUGGGGACAUAAAUCCAGGCUCGAGAGGGAGCAGGAAGUUUGAAAUAGUGACAGAUUGUCCACUAAUCCAAAGGGCCAAGGAAUAGUGAGUUCAUCCUGGAACUGGGAAGCUUGGUCUAGUUAGGGCCUGGGCAUGACUUAAUCUAGACAAAACACACCACUUGCGACCAUCCUAGAAUGGGCCCUGAGCACCAGCUCCAUCUUAGGGAUUUCCUGAGUGACCUGCCUUUGGCCUAGAUGGGGUUGUAAUAGACCUCUGGUGCUUGUCCCUGGCCUAACCCCUCUGCCUAAGGCUGGCCUGAGAGUGUGAGGGAAUGACUUUGCUGUCUUUUCCUCACUGUUGAACUUGCAUUAAGAAAAAAGUCUUAGCUUCUUACAGAAAGGUGUCCGAUUGGGAAGCUCUGAUCCUGCCGGGAUACAAGGAAUUAGCUCAGAGAUCCUGCCUGCCCCCCCACCCACCCAGCUGCUUCUGCCUUUGUAGGGACAGGGAAGAGGAGGCAGAUUUGCUGUAGAGGAUUCCAGAAGAUUGCUGUGACCCUCACAGGAAAGUGGUGGAAGUUCAGCUGAGGCUAGGCCAGGGUACUUGCUGCUCCAUGGAUAGUAUUCUGGCUAAAUCUCCACGUCCCUGCAGCCAAGGUGGUCAUGGGUUGCUGUCACCAGGGUAUUUUGCCCACUCCCGUAGGGAGGUAAUAGUUUCAGUCCACAAUCCUCGUUUUCCCCACACGUGUUACUCUAACUUUUCCACCUUCCUGGGGUUUCUUAGGUUUGGUCUUGUGUAAGUAGAUUCAUUCUGUACUUAUUAUCCAGGCAGUCUGAAAAGGAGGGACUCAGAAAGUUGGGUUCAAACAGUAUCAGUUCCCCUAUUCUUUCCUUUCCCCAUCUGCUCUUGCUGGUUAUGGAGAUCUUUGGAUCCUAAAGACCAAUGCUUUGCCUCUGACUGGACUAAUGUGUAUCUUUCUGUUAUUGCAUCAUAGAGAUCUGUUUUGUGAGGGUUUGGGUACAGAAGGCUUUGAUUAAAUGUUCUGAUUGGGAGGAGGCUGAGUGAGCUGGACUAUCUAUAAACCGUGAGCAGACCUAAUGGAACAGAAGUGAUGUGUUCAAGUGAUAAUAAUGUGAACCAAGGAAUCAUUAAACCUGAACAACUUGACCUGUGUGUUUCUUUAAUGGUAUAUAUAUGUCUGGACACAGAUAAAGUGUGAAUGUAAAUGGUAAGUGAAAAGAAUGAAACUAAUAUUUCAUUAUAUUAAUCCAUGAGCUUGAAUCUUGGGAGGAAUAUCUCAGUGCCUUAACUGCCUCAAUACAACACAAAGUUUUUAGCUUGAAAUUGUGUGUGUGUAUGUUUGUGUGUAGGCAGCUACGCUGGAAAAAGCUUUCUUGUGGGUUUAGUGAGUGGGCUUGAAACUUCCAUAAUUACUGCUUUAAACGGUAGAAGUAAUCUGUUUAUGAAUGCUUUAUUAUGCUUCAAAUCAGAACUCAUGGUAUCCUGGAAAAGUUUCUCAGGACAUCAAGCUAAGCUAAAUAAUAAUAAUAAUCUCUCAGUUUUCUUACCUGAUCCCUUAAAAUGUAGGAUAUAUUAUUGUUGUUAUCUCUAGGUGGUUUUGGGCAGAAUAGAAAGAUCCAUAGUCACAGCUGCUUUCCUAGGACUAAUAAUUCCUGUGCUUUUGACUUUUGAGAAAAUACCAGACGCACAAAGAAGCAAGUCAGUUUCUAUUUACUGAUUUUAAGUAUCGACAUACAUAAGGCUGUGAAUGCUCUGAACUGAAACGAAAAGACUUGGGCCUUUCCUACCCUUAAGGACACAAGUUCCUGGUCUCCCCACCCCUUCCCCCUAAUAAGUUUUGCAGUUAUUUGGCUGGUUUGCCUGUGCUAAGUACUCUAAGAAAGGAAAGGAGAGAGAGAGAGAAAGAAUUGAGAACAGAUGUAGUCAGAGAAAAAUUUUCUUUGGGCCCUGGUUCCAGAAUAUCAGACAGUGCACGAGGUGAGUCCAUAAGGUAAUGAGACUGAACCUUACUUGUUUCACUGUUAACACGCACGUCAGAGGAGGGUUGCUGAGAAGAAUGGAGGGAGAAGGUGGAGGGAAGGCAAAUUGACAACUGUAAUGGGUUUCUGCUUUUCUUUUUUUUCCCCUCUCCUUUUGGGUACCUUCAAUCUGGGGAAUAAAUGUCCAUAUUGCAUGCCCUUGAUGUUGUAAGUUCCCGUCUCUUACCCAGAAGUCUAAGGCUCUCGGCCUUGUCCUGAGAAGCUGCUACUACAGGGUUGUUUUUGCUAACUCUUGUUGAGUAUGCCAGCACCAUAUUGAGCCGUUUACACCCCUUAUAAUCAUUUACUCCUCACAGGUGUUGUUAUCCCCCAUUUUACAGAUGAGGAAACAGAGGCUGAGAUGUUAAAUUUGCCCAAGAUCAGGUAACUAGUAG